CUUUCCUUACGGAAGUGUGCCUGAGCUUGGUGGAAGCGACAGUGUCCCUAGUCUCCGGAAGGCAAAUUAGCGGAAAGCAGGCUACCUUUUCCCCCUGACUCUGACUUCUUUAACGCUGAGACGUGGCUGAGAGAGAUGAAAAGGAGGUGACUUGGAGAGUCCCCGCCCAUGCGGAGCCUGCCUCUCUGAGCUCUGACCUAGUGGUCAGUGGCUUAGGCCGCGGGUGGACCUCACCGGGGCAUCUCUCCUUUAACUCCUGGUUUUCAUUCAUUUGUCCCUACUUCUACUUUCUGCGGGCCCAUUGGGCACCAUGAAGCAGCUGCCCGUCUUGGAGCCUGGAGAGAAGCCCAGGAAAGCCACAUGGUACACCCUGACUCUCCCUGGAGACAAGCCCUGCCCUCGUGUUGGUCACAGCUGCUCAUAUUUACCCCCAGUUGGUGAUGCCAAGAGAGGGAAGGUCUUCAUUGUAGGGGGAGCAAAUCCAAACCAAAGCUUCUCAGAUGUGCACACCAUGGAUUUGGGGACGCAGCAGUGGGACACAGCCACCAGGGAAGGUCUCUUGCCUCGGUAUGAGCAUGCCAGCUUCAUUCCCUCCUGCACACCUCACAGCAUCUGGGUGUUUGGGGGUGCGGACCAGUCAGGAAAUCGAAAUUGUCUGCAAGUCUUAAAUCCUGAAACCAGGACUUGGACUACACCAGAAGUGAGCAGCCCCCCACCCUCCCCAAGAACCUUCCACACAUCAGCAGCAGCCAUUGGAAACCAGCUGUAUGUCUUUGGGGGAGGAGAGAGAGGUGCCCAGCCCGUGCAGGAUGUGACGCUGCAUGUAUUUGACGCAAGCACUUUGACCUGGUCUCAACCAGAGACACACGGAAGUCCUCCAUCUCCCCGGCAUGGCCAUGUGAUGGUUGCAGCAGGGACAAAACUCUUCAUCCACGGAGGCUUGGCAGGGGACAAGUUCUUUGAUGAUCUCCAUUGCAUUGAUACAAGUAAUAUGAAAUGGCAGACGCUUAGUCCCACGGGGGCUGUUCCAUCAGGCUGUGCUGCCCACGCUGCCGUGGCUGUAGGAAAGCAUGUGUACGUGUUUGGAGGGAUGAGUCCCACUGGAGCACUGAACACCAUGUAUAAGUAUCACACAGAAAAGCAGCACUGGACUGCACUUCAGUUUGAUACUUUCCUGCCCCCUGGACGCCUGGACCACUCCAUGUGUGUCAUCCCAUGGCCAGUGAUGUCCACCUCCGAGAAUGAAGACUCUGAUUCUCUCAUACUCAACUGUGAAGCUGAGAAAGGGGGUACUGAUGACAAACAAGUGACUCGGGGUGGCGGGUCACCUGAGGAAAGUCAGAUGCACACGCUGCUCUGUUUCGUCUUUGGUGGGAUGAAUACAGAAGGGGAGAUCUAUGACGAUUGCAUUGUCACUGUAGUUGACUAAUAAAACCCACGUUUUUAUUA